CUUCCCUGAAAAAUAUACAAGGCCAAGCCAUGUAGCCACUGAAAGCACAGCCAUCUCCCGUCUACUUGAUUUGACAUCGGAAAAGAAAGCCACCAGACUUUGCUUUCCCUUUCUUCUUUCUCUCUCUAACGCUACUCUCUUCUCUCCUCUUCUCUCUCUUCCCUUCCCUUCCCUUGUCCAUUCCAUUUGGGAGAACCAGUGCUGUUUCCUUCCCUUCCACUUCCAGUCUUCCCUUCGCCUUCUCUUCCCUUUCAUCCUCUCCUAACUCUCUCAAUUUUUUUUUUCAUAAAAUUGCGUUAAAAAGGGGCUAGUUUUAUAGGUGCAAUCAAAUUUUAUUUCAGCUCCAUUUUUCCUUUCCGUUUUCUGUUUUCCUUCUCGAUCGUUGUAUUGGAUAGACGGGAAUCGGAUACUGCAUGGAGGAGCUGUCGCGGCAGUUGGGCGCGUCGGGGAGGUCGGUGGCGGCCGGGAGCGAUCUCUUCUAUCUCCCAUCCACUGCCCCAACUUCAUCACCAGCCGCCGCCGCCUUCUAUGGCCGAGAGGGGGAUCAUAAUAGCCAUCAUAACAACAACUACUACCCCGACGCCGCCUAUCUCCACCGCCCGCCAUCGGCGGCGCCGUCUCAGGGGGAGAUUUCGGCCGUGGCGGAGGACAGUGGCGUCAAAGCCAAGAUCAUGUCCCACCCCCAGUACUCCGCCCUUAUUGCCGCCUAUAUCGACUGCCAAAAGGUAGGAGCGCCGCCUGAUGUGGCGGCACGGCUCUCGGGGUUAUCCCGGGAGCUGGAGUCGCGGCUGAGCUGCCGGCGAGAGACCUCCGACGACCCCGAGCUCGACCAGUUCAUGGAAGCCUACUGUGACAUACUGGUGAAGUACCGGGACGAGCUAAAUCGACCGUUACAAGAGGCGACGGAGUUCCUCAAGAGCGUGGAGUCGCAGUUCAACGCGCUCACCAACAACUCCACCUCCUCUUCUUCUUCUUCCCGCCUUUUCUCUCCUGGUACAGACGAAAAAGGUGAAGGCGUUGGAUCCUCUGAAGAAGACUUUGAUGCCAGUGGCGGAGAGACCGAUCUUCUGGAGAUUGACCCGCGUGGUGAAGACAAAGAGCUGAAGCACCAUCUUCUAAAGAAAUAUAGUGGCUACUUGAGCAGCCUCAGGCAGGAGCUCUCCAAGAAGAAAAAGAAAGGAAAGCUGCCAAAGGAAGCCCGGCAAAAACUACUCAAGUGGUGGGAGCUGCACUACAAAUGGCCAUAUCCAUCGGAAUCUGAAAAGAUUGCUCUAGCGGAGUCAACAGGCCUCAAUCAGAAGCAAAUCAACAACUGGUUUAUCAACCAAAGGAAGCGGCAUUGGAAACCAUCAGAGGACAUGCAACUCAUGGUGAUGGAUAGCUUUCAUCCACAUAACGCUGCUGGUUUGCCCUUGUACAUGGAAGGCCAAUUCAUGGGUAGCGAUGGCCUUUACCGCCUUGGUCCCUAGCUAAUUUAAUUUAUCAAAGGUUUGCCGUCAUUAGAUCGAGAUGCAUAUAUAUAAGCACUGAAUUAUGCAGUAAAUGACUACUACAGUAGUGUUCUUUGACUGCCCUGGAAUCAUGAUUAUGCCUAUUGUAACUAAUAGCUUGAAAGUUUUCUGACGUCACAAAAUGUACUUGAUAAAUUUAAGGGGGGGCUGUAAGAGCUCCUCCUGUUUCAAGUUUUUCUGCAUUGCCGCUGUUGAAUUGUGA